UUGGCCUCAGAAUGCUGUGUUAUAUCAGCCAUUGAAAGAAGAACAGAUUUUGCUUCCUGAUAAUGCUGCCUGUCUUGCUGUUCAGGCUUUUUUACAAAUGUGCAAUCUGCCAGUCCAGGUGGUUUGUAGGGCAAAUGCAGAAUAUAUGUCCCCAUCUGGAAAAGUGCCCUUUAUUCAUGUAGGAAAUCAAGUAGUUUCGGAACUUGGCCCCAUUGUCCAGUUUGUAAAAGCCAAGGGCCAUUCACUUAGUGAUGGGUUGGAUGAAGUCCAAAAAGCUGAGAUGAAAGCCUACAUGGAAUUAGUCAAUAAUAUGCUUUUGACAGCGGAGCUGUAUCUUCAGUGGUGUGAUGAUGCUACAGUCCAGGAGAUCACUAAUCCAAGAUAUGGUUCUCCUUAUCCUUGGCCUCUGAAUCGUAUUUUGGCCUAUCAGAAGCAAUGGGAGGUCCAGCGUAAAAUGAAGGCUAUUGGCUGGGGCAAUAAGCCACUUGAUCAGGUGCUUGAAGAUGUAGAUCAGUGUUGUCAAGCCCUUUCUCAAAGGCUUGGAACACAACCGUAUUUCUUCAAUAAGAAGCCAACUGAAUUAGAUGCUUUGGUAUUUGGACAUCUGUUCACAAUCCUUACUACCCAGUUGAUCAGUGAUGAACUGUCAGAAAAAGUGAAAGGCUACAGCAACCUCAUUGCGUUUUGCAGAAGAAUAGAGCAGCACUACUUCGAAGGUCAAAAUUAAGGUUGCCCAAGGAAAUGUUCCUUCUCCAAACUGGAGACGGUCUUUGGUAAAUAGAAUGCUUAUGGUGAUAGUAAUAAUAAAAUUAAUAUUUUGACUAUGCCUGUUUUGUUUAAAAAAUAGCAGCAGAUUUGAAAAUUGGGCUUAGUUCACAGUCUGAGCCAGCUAGGCCGAAACUGUUCUAGCCCAAGAGAAUCUACCUGUGAUGAAUUCAAGAAACCUACUGUAUUUAAAACGAAAUCAUUUGAGUUUUUCAUUAUAAAUGCCUGUGUGCCAUUUUAAUAUUCCUUUGAAGUGACCUUGAGGCAAUAUUGUGUCAAGAUGUCAAACAAUAAACUUUAGAUAAUUCUA